AUGACUUUACGAUACAAAGAGAAAUCAAACCUCAACAUUGCUAUUAUUGUGGUCUUUUCAGUAUCCAUUGUAUUCUGUUUAUUGACCAUAAUUCAUUUAGCAUUAUCAAAGGAUGAACUAUCAAAGCUAUUGCUAGGAAAUAUUGAAGAAGACCAUAAUGGGGAGGAGAACAUACCUUUACAAGGUGAGUUACUACAAUGCUAUCAACAUUAUAUUAGUCCUCAAUGCUGCCUCACUCACUAAAGAGCACCUUCCUUGAAAUUAUUUUGACCAAGCAAGGGACCUAUUAAACUGUAGUUGUCUUUAUAGUUACCAGUUACCAUUUUUAGCUUAGCUUUUAGUAAGCUUUAGCAUCAAUUAUGAUUGAAAAGAAAAUGUCGAAAUUUUAAAUAACUCCUCUGUCUGAGAAGAAACACAGAGCUUUAUUUGCCUCUGUCAACUCACCAUGAAGGAAAAAGUUUUUUUUGUCAGUUCUUGCAAAUGCUGUCAACAGCGUCGGGCUACAAUCGAGGUGAGCUUUGUUUAUCUGCAGUGUUCUUUGCCAUGUUAAAUUGCUGGCACGUGCAGUUUUCGAAAUUAUUUGCUUUACUUUUUUUCUCCUUAAAUUUACUUCUACUUCUACUCAAAAUUGGUCUUGUGAUGAAAUCCCGAGUUCACAAAACAGUUAAACAAAGCAGCCUCGUUUUCCUCUGUAGUGGUAAAAACAUUGCUUUGAGCGUAUGAAAGUCAAGUACAGUAAAUCACUUCACGAUAAAUCACGCUGUUUAAACACCAUGGAAGUCUUUUCUGACCUUCAAAAUCAUCGCCACUGGGAUAUUCUUGUAUUUUCAAAAAGUUCUUACUCGACUGAAACUUCAUGGUCGCGAUUUUGUUUUGCUUUAUAUAUAUUCACCGCCUAGUGCUUUGAAUAUCUAAGCAAUGUCCACCCUUUCUAUGGGUUUACCGGCGUGAUAACCCACGCGGGAUGUUGGGAGAACACGAGAAAAGCUUGUAAAUCAUGAGCCGAAGGCAAGUGAUUUCCAAGCUUUUCGAGUGUUUUCCCAACAUCCCGCGUGGGUUAUCACGCCGGUAAACCCAUAGAAAGUGUGGCGUAUUGCUUUCAUAAAAUAACUUUAAGUUUUCUAUGAGUUUACCAGCACAAUAAACCGUAGGUUUUUAACCAAUCAGAAUGCGCGUACUAUCUUAGUUAUUUUAAAUGUCAUAGUCCGAGAUAGCAAACCAAUCAGAUUGCUUGAAUCACGAGAUCACUCAGUGUGUAUAUACUAAUAAACAGCAACAAUUAAUCUUGAGAUUUCCUGCAAAUUGAGGAUAUAUUUAAAUGGGAGGUCUCACUGUCAAUUAUAAUCAAUCAAUCAAUCAAUCAAUCAUAUAUUUAUUUCAAUUCGUUCAUUUUAGAGAAAUAAUAACUACCAUGGAAUAAAAAUAGUAAUAGUGCAAUUAAAAUACAUGUGAAAUAUUGACAUUAAUUAUACCCACGUAUAAUUAUAUACUUUGAAGUAAACAUUAAUUGUCAUGAACAUUAACUGCAUGUUGUUAAGCUUUGUUAGCAAUUGAAUAAAAAACUAUUUAACCCAUUCGCUCCUGGAGAUUUUGCCGAAAAACGCGUUUUGAAGCUAGUCGAGUGGUUUUCUGGUCACUGUCGUGCUAUAAAGAGCUAAAACUUACCACAAACCGGUUUACAGGUCGUACACUUGGCGGCCUUCUGAUCCAGAUGCAAAAUAUCAGCUUACGAAGUUUGGGCAUGCGCAGAAAGCAAAAUUUCGACAUAGUUUUUGGGUUUAAAAGUGACACAGCAUUCUUGACUUUUACUUUCCGCUUUCUCUCCUCCCUUCUUUUUUCGCUUUUCUUGCCUUAUUUUUUUUUUCUCUUGCUGGGCAUUUAGUAGGCUUCAUUUUGGUGGGAAGAGUUUUUAGGAAAGCUUUUAGGAUCUUAGGAUUAGGUGAAAGGAAAGGUAGGUGGGUAAUGGAACAAGAUUUUCAUGGAGAUUUUCAGGUCCUUGUCAGGUGGUUUUUUGCUUCUUUCUCCGGUGUCCUUGACUGAAUUGUGCUCAUUCUGGUAUGGUUUGAAAGAUCUCUUCACCCUGCACAAGUUAGCGAAGAAAGUUGUCCUUGACCGUUAAAACUGAUGACGUCACAAAGGUUUGAAAGGACCUGGAUCCGCACGGGCGGUUACGGGCGGUUCAGGGGCGAAUGGGUUAACUCAGUCACAAAUUUUCAGUCCUUUGAAAGAAUGCUUUCACUAAACAAGUCAUGAAAUUUGCCCUUGACGUUUUACCUAUAGAUUAACACAUUUAUAAGAAAUUAUGAUAUUGCAAUUGCUGUUGUUUGGUAACCUGACUGACUUUAAGACAUGCACUAGGUCUACCAGCCUACCUUGCAUAUUCAUUAAAAUGCAAAAAUAACAGUUUGGUACUAAAAAUGUUCUGAUAUCUGCAUAUGUGUUUUUCACUAAUCCCUCUCAACGUCAGAGAACUGAGUGACUUCUAAAUUUUCAGUCUUGUUCAAAUUUAUUCUUGUUACUGUUACAGAUGUUGUUUCAAAACAAGAGUCUGCUGACAGAGAUCACUCAAAAACAGCAGGUAAAGAAAUAGGUUAGUCUGUGACCUGAAUCCUUAGUCUGUAAGAGCCGGCUUGAUGGGCCUUUGUCACACGACACCCAUUUUGUCCUGAGAAACUGAAGUAGCUUUGUUUCCUGUCUAGCCUUGUUCCUAAGUUUUUCACUGCAAGGUUGAGGGUGGUAAAACAAAGCUUUUUUUCAGUGUCUCAGGACAGUAAUGAAACAUUUGUAAAAAAUCAUCACAUUGCAUAUCUGUUCAAAGAUAAAUUUCUUAAAAUUUUAUGGUAUUUAGUAUCCGACAGUGCCAGGUCCAGACCUGGAGAUAAGGGGGGCCCAGUCAUCCAGAACUUAGAGAGGGGGUGGGGAGUGGUCUCCAAAAAAGUUUUUUUCAGCCCUUCAGGCCUCAUCAGUUUGGUCUAAAAAUAAGAGGGGGGCCUGGUCCCCCUGAGGCUCCUCCCCUGGAUCUGCUACUGUCCGAUAUCUAAACCACCGUCAAAGUUGUGAUCUUCUUUGUUUUCUCUUUAUGAAUUAUUCUUUGUGAAUACCACUAAUGAGUUGUAGAAUGGAUCUGCUUAAACUCUCUGGAAUAUCUUUAUCUAUGUGUUUGAGUAUAGUUUUUUUUACAGUUCUAGAAGUGAACGCAAACUAAAGUUCCGAUGUAAACAUGCAAAUGGCAUUCAAAAUGCCUUCAGUCCCAUGUUUUCUGAGCAUUGCGAGUGUGGACAAACCUACUUGCCAUAAAAAUCUAUAAUCAAAUACUUGUGUCGUCCAAGUUUGCAGGAUACUUUACCAAUAGGAAAUGUGGAGGAAUGUAGUGUGCAUUGUUUUGCAAAAGAGAGCAUAACGUCAUGACAGUGAAAAUUUUGUAACACGGAGUCUUGGGUCUGUUUGUAGGUUUAAGGUUGAGCUUUGAAUUGUAAGGUGGCCACUUUUAUAUUGCCCAUAAUACACCUUGGUUACCACCCAUAAUUUGGCAAAGUAUUGUUUUCUCUUUUCAAUUCCUAUACAAGACAUGUAUUAUCUGCUGUAUCAUAUGUAGAAGUAGCAAAUUGCAUUUAAUUCAUACAUGUCAAAUGAACAUUUCAGAUGACUUAACACACUAAUUAAACUGAUCUGAUCAUGCGCAGUGUUGGUUCUCGUGUCCGCAGAAACACGCAAAAAAUGCAAAAAUAACAGUUUGGUACUAAAAAUGCUGUGAUACCUGCAUAUGUGUUUUUCAAUAAUCCCCCUCAAUGUCAGCGAACUGAGUGACUUGUAAAUUUUCAGUCUUGUUCAAAUUUAUUCUUGUUACUGUUACAGAUGUUGUUUCAAAACAAGAGUCUGCUGAUAGAGAUCACUCAAAAACAGCAGGUAAAGAAAUAGGUUAUAGUCUGUAAGAGCCCUUGAUGGGCCUUUGUCACACGGCGCCCACUUUGUCCUGAGAAACUGAAGUAGCUUUGCUUCCUGUCUAGCCUUGUUCCUAAGUUUUUCACUGCAAGGUUGAGGGUGGUAAAACAAAGCUUUUUUUCAGUCUCUCAGGACAAUUAAUGAAACAUUUGUAAAAAAUCAUCACGUUGCAUAUCUGUUCAAAGAUAAAUUUCUUAAAAUUUUAUGGUAUUUAGUAUCCGACAGUGCCAGGUCCAGACCUGGAGAUAAGGGGGGCCUAGUCAUCCAGACCUUAGAGAGGGGGUGGGGAGUGGUCUCCAAAAAAAUUUUUUCAGCCCUUCAGGCCUCAUCAGUUUGGUCUAAAAAUAAGAGGGGGGCCUGGUCCCCCUAGGGCUCCUCCCCUGGAUCUGCCACUGUCCGAUAUCCAAACCACCGUCACAGUUGUGAUCUUCUUUGUUUUCUCUUUAUGAAUUAUUCUUUAUGAAUACCACUAAUGAGUUGUAGAAUGGAUCUGCUUAAACUCUGGAAUAUCUUUAUCUAUGUGUUUGCGUAUAGUUUUUUUACGGUUCUGGAAGUGAAUGCAAACUAAAGUUCCGAUGUAAACAUGCAAAUGGCAUUCAAAAUGCCUACAGUCCCAUGUUUUCUGAGCAUUGCGAGUGUGGACAAACCUAGUUGCCAUAAAAAUCUAUAAUCAAAUACUUGUGUCGUCCAAGUUUGCAGGAUACUUUACCAAUAGGAAAUGUGGAGGAAUGUAGUGUGCAUUGUUUUGCAAAAGAGAGCAUAACGUCAUGACAGUGAAUAUUUUGUAACACGGAGUCUUGGGUUUGUUUGUAGGUUUAAGGUUGAGCUUUGAAUUGUAAGGUGGCCACUUUUAUAUUGCCCAUAAUACACCUUGGUUACCACCCAUAAUUUGGCAAAGUAUUGUUUUCUCUUUUCAAUUCCUAUGCAAAAUUUGCCUGGAGUGAGGCCGGGGGUACAAGACAUGUAUUAUCUGCUGUAUCAUAUGUAGAAGUAGCAAAUUGCAUUUAAUUCAUACAUGUCAAAUGAACAUUUCAGAUGACUUAUGCACUAAUUAAACUGAUCUGAUCAUGCGGAGUGUUGGUUUCCGUGUUCGCAGAAACACGCAAAAAAUGCAAAAAUAACAGUUUGGUACUAAAAAUGCUGUGAUACCUGCAUAUGUGUUUUUCAAUAAUCCCCCUCAACGUCAGCGAACUGAGUGACUUGUAAAUUUUCAGUCUUGUUCAAAUUUAUUCUUGUUACUGUUACAGAUGUUGUUUCAAACCAAGAGUCUGCUGAUAGAGAUCACUCAAAAACAGCAGGUAAAGAAAUAGGUUAUAGUCUGUGACCUGAGUCCUUAGUCUGUAAGAGCCCUUAAUGGGCCUUUGUCACACAGCGCCCACUUUGUCCUGAGAAACUGAAUUAGCUUUGUUACCUGUCUAGCCUUGUGCCUAAGUUUUUCACUGCAAGGUUGAGGGUGGUAAAACAAAGCCUUUUUUAAGUCUCUCAGGACAAUAAUGAAACAAUUGUAAAAAAUCAUCAUGUUGCAUAUCUGUUCAAAGAUAAAGUUGUUAAAAUUUUAUGGUAUUUAGUAUCCGACAGUGCCAGGUCCAGACCUGGAGAUAAGGGGGGCCUAGUCAUCCAGACCUUAGAGAGGGGGUGGGGAGUGGUCUCCAAAAAAGUUUUUCAGCCCUUCAGGCCUCAUCAGUUUGGUCUAAAAAUAAGAGGGGGGCUUGGGCCCCCUAGGGCUCCUCCCCUGGAUCUGCUACUGUCCGAUAUCCAAACCACCGUCACAGUUGUGAUCUUCUUUGUUUUCUCUUUAUGAAUUAUUCUUUAUGAAUACCACUAAUGAGUUGUAGAAUGGAUCUGCUUAAACUCUGGAAUAUCUUUAUCUAUGUGUUUGAGUAUAGUUUUUUUACAGUUCUGGAAGUGAAUGCAAACUAAAGUUCCGAUGUAAACAUGCAAAUGGCAUUCAAAAUGCCUACAGUCCCAUGUUUUCUGAGCAUUGCAAGUGUGAACAAACCUACUUGCCGUAAAAACCUAUAAUCAAAUACUUGUGUCGUCCAAGUUUGCAGGAUACUUUACCAAUAGGAAAUGUGGAGGAAUGUAGUGUGCAUUGUUUUGCAAAAGAGAGCAUAACGUCAUGACAGUGAAUAUUUUGUAACACGGAGUCUUGGGUCUGUUUGUAGGUUUAAGGUUGAGCUUUGAAUUGUAAGGUGGCCACUUUUAUAUUGCCCAUAAUACACCUUGGUUACCACCCAUAAUUUGGCAAAGUAUUGUUUUCUCUUUUCAAUUCCUAUGCAAAAUUUGCCUGGAGUGAGGCCGGGGGUACAAGACAUGUAUUAUCUGCUGUAUCAUAUGUAGAAGUAGCAAAUUGCAUUUAAUUCAUACAUGUCAAAUGAACAUUUCAGAUGACUUAACGCACUAAUUAAACUGAUCUGAUCAUGUGCAGUGUUGGUUCCCGUGUUCGCAGAAACAUAAUUUCUCAAACUUGUUCGUAAAGAAGAAAACAAAGAAAAUCACAACUUACCGUGACGGUGGUUUGGAUAUCAGAUAAUUAUUAUCAUAAAAUUUUGCAAAAUUUAUCUUUGACUUUCUCCAAGAAUUGUACCAUAAAUGAUUGAUUAAGCGCCGCGACGCUUAUACGAGAGCGGCGCUUAUUUGAGAGCAGCACUUAUUUCAACUACGGGUAAAACAGUGAGGGGAAUAUGGAGAGAAUUAAGUGAGGCGAGUACUUGGUAUGCACGAUUUAGAACGAAAUAUGGUGAUCUCAAACUGUUAUAUGAACCUGGUUUCAAGAGCUUCCCUACAUUAAAACUUUAGAAAUAACGAGUUGGUUGAAGUCCUAUUUCUCAAGGGAUAUCAAGCACCAUAACAGAGGUGGGGCCUUAAUAUGUAAAUACCCAAACUAGUGCCAUGGUGGUGCUUAUUCAUGUCUGUUAAAUUAUUUUUGGUAAAGGUGCUGCGCUUAAUAGAUUAUUUAUGGUAGUUCAUUUUAGAAGCUACAUCAAAAACUCCACUCAGUAUUUCAUCCGAUAUCCAGACACAUGCACCUUGAAGUCAGUCUUUAAAAGCUCGGCUACACCUCGUUUUUCAACCCACUUUUCGGUGUCUGGAUAUCGGAUAAAACCAUGCCUGUCGUUUUUGAUAUAUUACUUUUCAACUCGUUCAUUAUUCAUGAUCAUACAGUCAAAAGCCAAUAAAUGACAAUUAUUUGGGUCAGGUGGAUGAAUCUUGAUAUCUAAUGAAACACCAGGUAAAACACCACCAGGUUUUCAUCUGAGGUGAAACAUGUUUUUCAUCUGAGAUCAAACACUUGCAUUUUAAUGGUGUUUUAUUGAUUAACACAACUCAUGGGAGCAAUGAAAUACCAGCUAGAGAAAACAUUUCACUGCAUAAUUUCUUAUUGUUUCAUUUGAGAAGACAUCACGGCCUCGUGCUUUCAUCUGUUUCUCGGUGUUUCGAACCCAUGAUGAAGCACUCUCCCUUGUUUUUUACAUAUUACACAAAAAUGUCUGUAGUCUCUUAGUUCAUGUAGAUUCAGCAGGGUAAUGGAUCAUUUUAAAUCUAUAGUUUUCGGUACUGUCACUGUUCUGUGUCUUAGACUCCUUAUUAAAACUCAUUUUGAAGUCUCAAAUGAUUAUUAAACUCGGCUCCACAAAAUAUCAUGAUUUUUCAAUGUCUAUUAAUUAUUUGCACAUGCUGAAUAAUUAUUGAUCUACUCACCACCUGGUACUGACAAAUCACUAUAUUUUGCUCACCCUCAUAAAAUAAUUAUGUUAGUUCACAACGGCUUAAUAGACUUGGUCUUUAGCUAUGAGUGUGUUAAUGCACCAACAAUUCUCGUGUUGAGACACCUGUGGCUGGAGACAUUGUCAACGACCAUGGCAAUCAGUGUACGAAGCCCUAGAGCUUCUGCUUGCUCUCUUCCAUAGGCUACGUCUGAUAUUCACAAGUGCAGUUAAUUUUAAAAUUCCCCCACCAAAUGAUUCAUACCUUAAUUAGACUAUUAAUUGACGUUUAUUCACCGUAAUGUAUCUGUAUAAUACACUGUAGUUUUUAGGUAAUGUUAUGUUUUUUAUGCAAUGGUUAGAAUCCGAGAUGUCAGAAUCUUCACAGGAAGGCAGUGAUGACAUCACAGCCCAGGUUACAACUGGACUCCCAUCUAAAGAUGAUACAAGCAGCCCUCAAGGGGACCCUCCUGAGCUUAAUAAAGUUCUUCCAUCCUCCGCUGAUAUUAAGGCAAUUACCAAACCUUCAAAACAUGCUGAUCUGCCAGUUGACAUUCUGUUACUUACAGUUACAAACUGUGAGUUCUUAGCUUGUUAUAGUGAGCUAAAAAACCCCUAUAGAUGUUGGUUUGAUGGUCUUGGCUAUGUUUACUUUUCUGAUGUGGGUCAAAGUCAAGAGGAGUUAAAAGUUGCUUUACUAAGAUGUUACAAAAAUGGUAUUGGUCCUGGUGGUUCUCUUGUAUCUGUAAAGAAUGCAGCCUCCGUGCUAAGACCCAAAGCAGUUAUUUCUGUAGGCACAUGUAGUGGCCUUGACCCUGCAAAAUCCAAGUUAGGAGAUGUUGUAGUGUCUGCCAAAUUAGCAACAUAUGCAUCGAAAGUAGUGACCAGCAAUCAAGAGCAGUCAACUGGUAUGAGAAGUUAUGUGAGCAAACGCUUUCUGAAUGUCAUUAAAAAUUGCACUGAUGGAUGGCAAGCACCUUUGAAGAAUCCUGAAGCUCAGCAAGUUCAAGUUUAUACUGAUGCUGAGUUUUUGAGUGGACCGGAAGAAGUCAGAGCUGAGUGGCGGCGUGAUCAACUUGCUGAAACCAAUCCUCGGGCAAUGGCAAUAGAAAAUGAAGGAGAAGGUGAGUUGACGUUUUAUGCAGCCAGUGUUAGGAAGGAAGUGCAUGCAGUCAGGUCUCUUUUAACUUGUAGAUGUGUAUGUUGCUUUUGAUUCAGUGUCUAUUUCAAGGCAUUGUUCAAUUCAUUGUUUGCUUGUUUGAGUUUGAUAUUAUAAUUUUUUUUUUUUUGCUGUAAAGGUGGGCCUGCUCCCAUUGAAUGGGUCUUCAUUCAAUGCUCAGUUGCCAGAGCACAGUUUGUCAUGCUAAUGCAGACGCCAUGGGUUCAAAUUCCGUUAGAGCCCCCCACCACCCCUCCCCCCUACUUUUUUCACGUUUCGCUUUGAUUGCUGUUUUAAUUACAAUGAUAAUAUCUGCAAAUUAAACCCAUUAAACCCUUAAGCGUUUGAUUAAUCUUCAAAAAUGGGUUAUCAGAAUAGUUUCCAGGGGUCCUUUUGAUGCACAUGCCAAUCCUAUUUUUGUAAGCUUACGAAUUCUAAAAUUUGAAGAUAUUAUCAAAUUCCAAAUAAGUAAAGUUAUAUACCUUAAUAAAAAGCACCUUCUUCCUAACAGUUUCAGUGACAUGUUUUUGCUUAACUGUGACGUACAUUCAUAUAGAAGUAAGAAUUCCAUCCGUUUCUCCUACUACAGGACAAAUGUAAGAAAAUUUUCAGUUUGUUUUUAAGGGCCCAAAAUAUUUCAUUCCCUUACUUCUGAAAUUCAGACUGCCUCUAGUAUUGCCUUGUUUAAUAAGUAUACUUUAGUUCUCUUAAUGCUUGUGUGUAUUUUUCGCUUUUUUUCUCAUUUAUUCUUGCAUUAUUUUUUUUCUUACCUUUCCUUUUUCGUUUUUUGCACUUACACACCUUAUCACUUUUUAUCUAUGUUCUUAAAAAAAUUGUGCAUACUUAGAGAGUUAAAUUGUUUUGCCGAUGUCAGUAUUUUAUUUAUUUAUUAUAUAACAUAAUUUUAAAGGGGGUCCUAUUCACAAGCCUUAUUGGCUUCCUUGAACCCCCUUGCCCCAUCUCCUUUUAAACUUAAUACGUAUAUGUUUGUUUUUGAUGGCAAAAAUGAUAAUAAACAAAUAAAUAAAUAAAUUGACAAAUGAUAGGUGUGGGGAAGGUGCCUGGUGAAACUGAAAAACUGAAGGGAGCCACAAGCGAACGUGGAAGGUAACCAUGACAACCCUACAUAUAUGAGCAGCACCUUCCUGGCACUGUCACUGAGACCUUCAAAGGAGAAAUGCGCACAUACUUACCAAAAAAAAAACAUCUAAAGGGAAGGGAGGGCUGGGAGCAAAAAACAGGUUAAGUUACUGCGUGCGAAAGCAACAUAUGAUACUGUGAAUCAUUAUAUUCUGUUAGAUAAACGUGAGUACUAUGGAUUCAGGGGGAUUGUGUUAGAAUGGUUUCGUAACUUCUUAUCAAAUAGGAAACAAAUAGUUAAUUAUAGAUCCGUUGAGUCAACAAAUUCCAUCGUUACUUGUGGGGUUUCCCAAGGGUCUGUCCUAGGCCCCUCGUUGUUUUUAGUGUAUGUAAAUGACAUUUCGGAAAGUUUAAGUUUGUUAUCAUUUUUGCUGUUUGCAGAUGGUAUUAAUUUAUUCAUCACUGACAAAGAUAUAUAUGUUAUUCACCGGCCCAGGUCGGUCCAUAUUGGGAGAAACUGUGCCCGAGGUCUGAGUACGGCCGAGGACAAUACUCAGACCAAGGGCAUAGUUUCUCCCAGUACGGACCGAGAUGGGCCAGUGAAUAACACGUUUAUUUUUUUCCUUCUGAGAUUUAAAACUUUUAAGAAAAUUUUACUUCAUCCUCCAACCUAUGUGGGUUGAAGUCUCUGUUGAUGAAGCACGCAAUCGAUUACAAACCAAAACAAAACAUUACAACAUGAUUUUUAGCUCGCUAAUUUAUUUUAUGACAAGCUCUCGAUCUUUUGGAAUAGUGAAAGGUUUUUGUGACUCGGUAGACAAUUCACAAUCUGAGAGUCAAACAAGGAUAAGAAGAUUGACGAGUUUAAUAUUAAAAGCCCCGGAAAAAAUAUACAGCAAAGAUUUUCUUUGGCUGAAUUACUUCAUAAAGAUUAGUUCAAUCGAGCGGGAUGAAAACGUCACAAAGGCUUUAUAAAAAGAGCUAUUAACACAUACCAAUCCUAAAGUUUUGAAAUGAAUUUGAAUAAAAGAAGGCAAUGUGAGUAAUAAGUAUUGAAGAAUUUGAAAUGAAAGCAGCAAUAACCGACUGCUGGAAAAGUGAUUCGUGUUGUGUAUUUAAGAUUGAAAGCUAAAUCGGUAAUCAUUGACAACAACAUUUUCUGAUAAAUAGAAAACUAGCUAGCGAGAAAAAAGUUCAAUGAAAAACGGCAGAAUCUAGAUUCAGACAGCAAAAAUGGGAAACAAACUACAAACAGAGCAAAAAUGUCGAAUAAAGAGUGCACAAAAGCAAGAUUGCAGUACCUACAGGGCGGUUAUUAAGCUAGUGAAGCGACAUCACGAGCCACCUGUUUUGCUUUACUUUAGCGGUUUUUCUGACUGACUUGCUUGAUUCUCCCUUCAGAUUUUUGGUCUGAAUAAUAAAAUUCCCUUUUCCCUUACUAAUGCCAAUAAUAGUGCAAGUUUUAAAAGAAAACUGGUUUGAACAUCACGGUUUUGCUCAUUCACAAACAACAAACAAACUUGUGAAUGAAGCUGCCAAAGAUUCUGCCUGGGUUCGCGGGCAAGAUCGUAAAAUACCGCCUGCUCUCAGAACUAACCAGAUUGCAGGAUUUGGAGGAUACCGCCCGCGCACAAGCUUGAAAAGAAAUAAAUUAAGAUACUAUGUGACAAUGCUAAUCGAGAGCUUUGUAAAGUUGCAAAUUGGCUUGCUGCCAACAAGUUGUCAUUAAAUGUGAAGAAAACACAUUUUGUAAUUUUUAGAGCAAAGGACAAAAUAGUGGAACACAUAAACAGUGUAAUACUCUUGCUGCUUAAUAAUAUGAAAGGCCACCAUAUUCAAUACAUAUGUUUGCAAUGCGUAUAUUAAAGGGGACCUCCUUGGAAAAGCUCAGCUGAGCUUGCAAAGAUCUCCUGCUAACAGAUUGUUAUGAUGUAAUACAUUAGUAAUUAAGUUGCAAAUAUGAAUAAAAGAUUGAUUGUUUGAUUGAUUGAUUUGACAUAGCAACUUGAGCAAAAUUAUUCACUUCAAGGAAAGUGCUGUAAAAUAUGCUAAAGCCCAAGACCGCUCCAUGUACAGUUAGUGAUGGAGACGGCUGCCUAAAUUACAUACAUUUAGCCACAUUAACCCAUUGGCAAAAGAUGGGUGUGGGGAAGGUGCAUGGCGCAAACAGGGGAGUCAAAGGACUUGGUUUCCCCAAGGGCAUUAAACACCAACCCCAAAAUCCCUUGUAAUAAAAACUAAAGAAAAGCAACUCACCACUGAAGAUGAAUAGAAGACCAAAUGCCUGCCUGAAGUAUGUCCACCAGAGCAAUGAAGGUGUAAGCUGUCUGUAACCGCAUCCAAACUGACACAACUGGGAAGGGGGCUGUACAUAUUUCCACAGUUCACACCUUCCUCAUUUUUCAUCCAUUUUCCAACUCCAGUUAGCUUUUAGUUUUUUUUUCCUUUUUUAUGGAAAGUUAGAUGUGCAAAAUAAUGUAAACUACUGUAUAUUGCUGUAGGAGUGUCUUCAACUCAAGUGCCAUUUUCUUUGUUGUUCUAUAGGAGUGUUUACAGCAGCAUUUGACUGUCAAAUUGAGUGGUUAAUUGUUAAAGGAAUAGCUGAUUAUGCAGAUGGUUCCCAGUUGCCUUCAGAGAGUUGGUUGUCCUGUGCUAGUGUGAUGGCAGCAUCUCUUGUUGCACACAUUUUGAGUGAGCCCUGUGUUUUUCAUUCAUGGCCUCAUUACCAAGGUAAAUAUUUCUCAUACUGUUAUUUCCCUUUUUUUAAGGGAACUAGUGGUGUGUUAGAAUGUACUUCCUUGAUGCCAUAGUGACUCAACACUGCAUUAUGGGGGAGGUGCCACACAUGACAUCUUUUUCUGUUUCUUUUUGGUGUAGUUAUUAAUAUUUGUUACGGUUUCUUAAAGGAACCUACAAACUGUAAGAGCAUUGAAGAGAUCUCUCGUCAUUUUAAACCAAAAAGAGAUUGAAGUACAGUCAUGAAACUGAACAAAAAAAAGUUGAGGAUGUUGUGUGAAACAGGGUAAUUAGAUUACAAGAACCUUCUAUUGUUUAACAACCGCCACCAAGUGUUCUUAGCUGAUGAGUCUGUUUUUUUCCAGUAGUCAUAUUGAGCUGACCACAUAGCUAUAUUUCUUUUUUUUAAGUGUUACAACUACACUAGUCUUGAUAUUAUGCAGUUUUAGUGAUGUUAUUAGUAGCAGUUAUUUCUAGUAGAUUCAGUCUUGAAUGUAAGUGAGAGUAACUGAACAAAAAAAAUUGUGGAUUUUGUUGUGAGGUAUAGGUUAGAAAAACUUUUUUUAGGUUAAUUAUAUAGACACCGAUGAAAUACCAGGAUUUUUCCAGUGACAAGAAUUUGGUAUCCAGUGAAGAUACAAUUUUUAUCCUUCAUAUGUGAAGAUGUCAUGGUUGUCAUGGCUACUUGAGUCUCAGUCAAUAGGAAAAGAGCAUCACAGCAUCUCAAUAUCUCGCUCAUUCGGUGUGCUCACUCGUCGUGAGAUAUCGAGUUGAACACUCGAAGAUAAAAUUUGUAUCCACGCGCUGUCAUGUAAUAUCCUCUAUUUAACAACCGCCACCAAGUGUUCUCUGAUGAGUCUGGUUUUUUUUGUUCAGCAGUCAUAUUGAGCUGACCACAUAGCUAUAUUUCUUUUUUUAAGGGUGCAGUCGAUUGGAAAAUCUAGAUUUCGAUUUUAAAAUCCGGAUUUGGGAUUUGCAAUCGAACACGAAAUCCGCAAGCGGAUUUCAACACUGAGAUAUCUGUUUUUGAAUUUCCUUUUUACCGUUCAAUUGGGAAAUCUGAAAAAGAUUUAACAAACUGCCCUUAAGAACAGCGGUCUAGCAUAUGCACACAUAAUUAGCAAAAAGAAAAGCGCUAUUCACAAGAAUAGUUUUGCAAAUCCUUUUUCGUAUUUCCCAAUCAAGUGGUAAAAAGGAAAUCCAUGAAAUCCGGAUUCACCCUUUCACCCAGAGGACAGAUUUCUCGGAGAUGAAAUCCGUUUUCGGAUUUCGCGUUUGAUUCCAAAAUCAGAAAUCCAGAUUUCAAAAUCUAAAUCCUAAGUGUUAAAACUACACUUUUAGUCUUGAUAUGCACUUCUAGUGAGGUUAUUAGUAGCGGUUAUUUCUAGCAAAUUUCUUGAAUUUAAGUGAAAGAUCUCUUUUACCUGCAGAUUUAUCAGAGCAAAGCUCAUCCUGCAGAACAAACGAACAGUUACCAAGUACCUCAGGUAACAAUUUAAAGCCCCAGUCCACACCAAUCCGGAUAUCUUUGAAACCGCAUAUUUUUUUUUUACAUGAAUAGGCACGGAAGACUGAGCUGCUUCACUGGUUCAGUGUUGAAGGGAGGCCGUCUUGUGAUAAAGAAAAUGUGCGGUUUCAGAAAUAUCCAGAUUCGUGUGCACAGGGACUUUAGUGUCUAAUGCUACAUUGUACUUGUAGGCAUUUCAACAUGUUACGAGUUUAAGCUACAUUUUUCCGUUCAUUUUCCCUUCCUCUUGUUUUUUGUUUCUUUCCUUUUUUCUCGUUUUUGGUUUUAAGUUUUUUGUUUGUGUUUUCUUGUCAUGGUUGAUGUUUUUGGACCUCUCAUAUCAGGGGUGUCGUGUAUAUUAGCUAAUAAUUGGGCAAAAUUAUUUUGUCCUUGGAGGGGGGGAGCACUUAUUUGAAGGCGGGUGCUAAUUUGAACGUUCACAGUACAUGUGUUCCAUUUAAUUGAAAAAAAAACCCUCUUCCCUCUCCUCUGUUAAGUUCUCUUGUCUAAUUAGUACUAUUUGCUCUCCGUUCCGUAGCUUAUUUGUUAAAUUUGUAAGGUUUUCACACCCUUAUCCUGAGCGACUGACUUACGGUACAAAACAACAACAACACAGCUUCAAAAGCCAUGUGUAACGUCAAUGAACGAGUUAAAAUAAUCAGGACAUUUUGAUUUUGUAAUACUAAAUAAGAAGGGGAGGCCAGUAUAAUGUAAACUAAUUGUAGUAUGAAAGUUUUGAAAUCUAUAAUUAUCUUAAGAAUUGAUCAAUAACGCAUGAAGAAUCUUGCUCCAGUGUUAACCUGAGAUCAGGCUUUAUUUUUAUUUCACGCUUAGAUGUAAAUGGCCGUAAUAGAAAAACUACGAUUAUCAGUUCUACCACAAAACUUGUACAAUCAACUUCCUACUGCUCAAUGCUUUAGAGACGAUUUACGUUUAAAAAGAUUUACUUUUCUCUAUAAACAGAUGCUGCAACUGCUUUUUUGGAGUGGAGUCAAAAUCAGCUUUGCUCAUUUUACAACAGCACCGCAAGCCAGUUAAUGAUUACCCCUUGGGACCGAGAUAAUACCAUGGACAUUGAUGAGGUGUAUGUACAGUUAACACUGCUAAGAGAUGACAGAAAACUUGCUGGAACAACAAAAGAAAAGACUAAAGAUUACAGUGAGAUAUUCGAAAGCCAUGGUCAUCAUCUAAUUCCUAAGAGAAUUUUAGUGUAUGGGAGGCCAGGAAUAGGAAAGUCAACAUUGACAAAGAAACUCGUCGUGGACUGGUCACGCGGUAAUAAAGAAAUCCUAACGAAGUUUGCUGUUGUACUUUUAAUCAAGCUGCGAGAUGUUUGCAACACGCAAGACUUCUGUGCCAUGCUACAAAAGGCGGAGCUGUUGUCCGCAGGUGACCCUAUGGUGUUUAGCCAAUUGUAUAAUUACAUUCUUCGUAACCAACAGAAAGUCCUACUUAUUUUAGACGGCUAUGAUGAAUAUAGCGCCGAAAAAUCAUCGCCAUUUCAUCUGAUGUGGAAAGGCACUCAAUUGAGAGAUUGCACUCUUCUUGUGACAACACGAUCGCUGAAAAAAGAUGAGUUAAGACCAGGAAGUCAUGCUCAGAUUGAAGUUAAAGGGUUUAAUCAGGGGCAAGUUAAAGCAUUUGUUCUUAAAUUUCUUCGCGAUCAAACAGAAGUAGAAAAGUUUUCAAAUUUCCUGUAUGGGCACAACCUGUGGGACUUGGCGGAAAUACCACUUCUUUUGUUAAUGUUGGUUCUAAGCUGGAAGGUUUCUGAUUAUCAAGGACCAUCAACAUCCCGUGCAAAUCUGUAUAACAGUUUUUGUCAGACGCUGCUUGAUCACGUGACCGCAAAAACCUUAGAUGAGACAUUUAGAAGCGUGGAUGAAUACAGAGAAGACCUCGCAAAGUUGGGGGAACUUGCCUGGCAGGCACUUUUAAAUGACUGUCUUUAUUUCAAGCUCAGCAACUUGCCCGAGGACAUUCGGUUAUUCCUUGAGAAGUUUAUCGAUUUUGGCUUUCUACAGACUUCUAACCUUUCAGACUCUCCUCAUCCUGAGAAACUGGCGUUCUUUCUUCAUAAAUCGGUGCAAGAAUUCCUUGCCGCUUCGUUUUUAGUUCGUGAUUUAAAAAAUGCCGAGGAACCCUUCAACUCUCUGUCUAAAGUCGACUCAUUUAAACGGUUUAAGGAGCUGUUUGAAGUUUUCAAGUUUGUGUCUGAGUUGUCAUCAGAAGCUACCAUUGCUGUUUUUAGCCAACUGAAGAUGAUAGGAGAAACAGAAGGUCUGGUAGAUUACAACUUCGGUGAAAACCCUUCUGUUAAGGAACUCACAGAAGAACAAAGACAGUUUAAUCAUACUUGUCUAGAUCUUUUUGUUUCCUGCCCUGCCUCAGACAGACAAGUUGUCUAUCCUUCUUUUCUACAAUGCCUCAAUUUUGUUAUAGUGAUAGAUUUAGACAAUCCCUCCCUUUUGACGUCUGCAGUUGCUAGAGAACAUUGUUUGAGGUCAUCAAGUGUCCGUAGGCCAGAUUAUGUAUUUUUUAAAGGAAACUUUGGCAGGUACGAAGAAGAAUCUGACAAGCGUGAUCAAAGGUCUUCUAUCAUGUUCGAUUUGGACACAGUUGUUGUGACGUGUUAUGGUGAUUCAAAAUCCGUAGAUAUUAAGUAUUGCCAUCUAGAAGCUCCCCAAUUUUUCUUGAAGAAAGUUGGACAGCGAUCAGUCUUAUGUUUAACUCUCCUUGAGGCACUUCCAUGGAUACGAACCGAUGGUCCGAAAUGCGAUGAACUGCUUAGAUCAUUAAUAUCAGCACCAAAUUCCUCUCUUCAAGAGCCUGAUCACGUGUCACAGAAUCAUGAUGUUCGCAACUCUUCACAGUUAACUGAGAAAACAUCUGACCAGACUCUGACCCACUCUCUGUCAUAUUUGAGAGAGAUUAAAAUUUGGGUACCAACAAGUGAACUUGUCAGUUUACUGAAUAAUCUUCAACAUGUGCCUCGACUAUCCAAGCUCGAUUUACAUGGUGUUGGUAUGGAGAAUCAAGAGUGUCAGUUACUUGCCACUGCUUUAAAGUAUGUUGAUAAGUUACGCUUACUGGGGUUAUCAGGUAACCCACUCGGUCACGGGAUAAGUGUGCUUGCUAAACACCUGCACAGUGUACCUCAUCUACAAGUGCUGCUCCUGGAGAGUACACAGAUGGGUGAAGAGGAAGUUUCAGCUUUAGCCCAUAGUUUACAGAAUGUGACUCAGCUGAGUGAACUUCGCUUAUCAAACAACGCACUCGGUCACGGGAUAUUUGAGCUUGCUAAACACCUGUUCAGUGUGCCUCAUCUGAAAGAGCUGGACCUGAGUGCUACACAGAUGGGUGAGGAGGAAGUCACAGCUUUAGCCCGUAGUUUAAAGUAUGUGACUCAGCUGAGUAAGCUUGACUUAUUAAACAACCCACUCGGUCACAGGAUAAGUGAGCUUGCAAAACAGCUGCACAAUGUACCUCAUCUAGAAAAGCUGUGCCUGCAAAAUACACAGAUGGAUGAAGAGGAAGUUACAGCUUUAGCCCAUAGUUUAAAGAAUGUGACUCAGCUGAGUGAACUUCACUUAUCAAACAACCCACUCGGUCAAGGGAUAAGUGAGUUUACCAAACACCUGCACAAUGUACCUCAUCUGAAAAAGCUGCACCUGGAUGAUACACAGAUGGGUGUAGAGGAAGUCACAGCUUUAGCCCAUAGGCUCGUCAACGUACCAGAACUGAAGUUCCUUUCGCUUGGCAAUAAUCCGCUGGGCCGUGGAGUGACUGAACUAAUCAGGUGUCUCAGAAGUAGUCCUCAACUUUCUGAUCUCAGCCUUGAAAAAGUUCAACUGACGAAGAAAGAAGCCACUGAGCUGUGUACAUUAGCAAAUGAAAGGAACCACUUGAUGGACCCCUGGAGGUCCUUCCCACACUCUACAUCCUUCGUGACAAAUAAAUGGAACAUGUACUUGAAGUCAGAUUAUCAUGUAAGUUUCUCUUUUGUGAUUCCCAUUAUUGAUGCUCGUAAUACCCAGGAACUUCCUGGUAGACGAAAAGGAACCGUUCUUCAAAGGAGCUGUGUAUCCAUUCUUAUCCAUACUAAAAAGACACAAUUUUGUAAAAGAAAACUUGUCGAAUAGUGGUCCAGCCGUGACACCUGUUUACAUAAUGUUCCUUCUAGAAGGACGAUUACACGUGUACGUUUCGUUAAAGUGAUGACUUUUUCAAUCACGCUGAGGUUGGUAGGCAAUUAGAGACACACCGUGUGUCUCUAAUUGCCUACCAACCAAUGGCAUUGUUUUUGCAAAACAGUUAUGGCUACCAUGUUCACGAACUAACUUUACGUUAUUUUUAAUCCGUUGGUGCUUGUCUUCUUUAUCAUAGACGACCCCUAUUGGUACAUGGCAGCCUACAUUUUGCGUACUUACAGAGGCAGAACUACAAGAAAAGGGAGUCGCAUUUGAUGAA